AUGGAAUUUCAAUCUCGGUUCGAAACGAAUAAAACCUCAACCGAAGAGAUUCAAAAUCAAAAUCAAUCAUUUCCCGGAGAGAACUCAACAAAUGACACUGUUCUUCUUUCAUCUGAAAAUCAAACCGUAGAUAACCAUUCAUUGCCAUCCGUAGUUACGUCAUCAAUAUUAAAACAACACAACUGGAGAAUAGAUAAAUUUAAUAUUGCUCUUCUACUUUUCCUUUAUCUUUUACAAGGUAUUCCACUUGGUUUGGCCACAUCCUUACCUUUAAUUAUUCAAGCCCAUGGUGCGACUUGGUCCCAGCAAGCGACAUUCUCUUUCGCAUUCUGGCCAUUUAGUAUAAAACUUCUCUGGGCACCAAUUGUCGACGCAUUAUAUUUCAAAAGCAUCGGCCGACGAAAAUCAUGGUUAAUUCCCACUCAGUAUCUCAUUGGUAUCAUCAUGAUUAUUCUCUCGUACUAUAUAGAUCGUAUCCUACUUUCGUUAAGUACAGCAUCAAAUACCACAAUACCGAUUUAUUUCCUAACUGCAAUCUUCUUUGGUCUAUCAUUUCUUGCUGCUACACAAGACAUUUGUGUUGAUGGCUGGGCACUUUCAAUGCUUGAAAGGAAAAACAUCGGCUGGGCAAGUACAUGCAAUUCUGUUGGACAAAAUGCUGGAAUAUUUAUCGGUAGAGCUAUUUUUCUUACAUUGCAAUCGAAAGAUUUCACUAACAAAUACAUUCGGAAACCGUUGAAUUUGCCACUUCAAUCGAAUGGUUUAGUAACAAUAACUGAUUUUCUACUCUUCUGGGGAAUAGUUUUCAUUAUAUCAACAACAUUAAUUGGAUUUUUCAAACGUGAAAUCGAUCAAAGUCGUGCAUCUGAUGAACCACAUUUCGGUCUUUUCGAAACAUAUAAAAUUCUGCUAAAAGUUCUCUGUUUACCAUCUGUUCGAACUUUGGCAUUUAUUCUCCUAACAAUCAAAAUAGGUUUUGCAGCUACAGAUGCUAUGACCGAUCUAGAAUUAAUUGAGCGCGGUGUAGCUAAAGAAACACUCGCGCUAUUAUCCAUACCAUUAACACCUUUACAAAUUGCGUUGCCAUUUCUCAUAGCAAAAUGCACUACUGGUCCCAAACCAUUGAAAAUUUUUGUUGUCUCUUAUCCACCUCGAAUUGUUGUAGGUAUAUUGUUAGCUGCCGUUGUUUAUUUCACACCAGCGUUUCAACAUCCUAAUAAAACAUUUCCGUGGUAUUACUAUGCAUUAACUCUUGUAAUUAUCUGUGUGAAUCAAAUAGUGGCAUUCAAUAUGUUUGUUUCACUGAUCGCGUUUUUUGCUCGAAUCAGUGACCCGAAAAUCGGGGGAACAUACAUGACAUUGUUGAAUACACUCACGAAUUUAGGUGGCAGUUGGGUUUCAACUGUUACUUUAUACGCAGCGGAUCAUUUACAAUGGAAAACAUGUUCGAUGGGAAAUCAUCGAUGUGGAACAAAGUCUGCAGAAGAGAAAUGUUCGUCGCUAAACGGUGUUUGUCGACCCUACAUUGAUUCGUAUUAUACUGAAGUGAUAAUAUGUACUGUCGUAGGUAUUCUUUGGUUUGUAUGGAAAUAUCGGACAAUCAUGCGGUUGCAAAGCUUACCAGAAACUGCUUGGCAAGUAGGAGGUCAUCGUGGCAAAAACGAAGCAUUAGAAUCGACCGAGAGUCCAACAGAAAUCAUCACUGCACUUGUUUUUUGUCUUCGAGCACUUCAAACUAACCAUAUUCCGUACAUUCUGCUCUACAAAAAAAAAGAUGAUGCAAUGCUUCAUAUGAAUAUGAGCAAUACAUUGAAAUCGAUCACAACGGUUUUAACACCUCGUUUUCGACUAUUCAUUCACCAGUUUUAUCAUCUCCGAGCACGACAAUUUUCGGUUUCAACUACAGUUCACAAAUCUUGGCAAAAAAUUCAAAGAAAAUACAUGGGUGAACCAGAGAAAAAAUCAACACUUACAGAAUUAAACCCGCCGCCAGAAUAUAUUGAUCAUCCACAGCCGCAAGUAGAUAUUACAAUUACAUUGCCUGAUGGAAAAACAUUACCUGGUAAAUCAUGGAAAACAACUCCAUUUGACAUUGCUCAGGGUAUUAGUCAAGGAUUAGCGGCCGCGACGGUGAUUUCUAAGGUCAAUGGUGAAUUGUGGGAUCUGGAGCGACCAUUCGAAAAAGAUUCAACAUUACAAUUGAUUAAAUUCGAUGACGAACAAGGAAAACAAGUCUUCUGGCAUUCAACGGCACAUAUUAUGGGUGAAGCAAUGGAAUUAUGCUAUGGUGGUUGUUUAUGUUAUGGACCCCCGAUUGAACAAGGUUUCUACUACGAUAUGUAUCUCGAAAAUCGAACGGUAUCAGGUCUUGAUUAUGAACAAAUCGAAAAGACAAUGAAACGUAUUGUUAAAGAAGAACAACCAUUUGAGCGUUUGGAAAUUUCCAAAGAAGAUUUGUUACGAUUGUUUGGUUACAAUCCAUUUAAAGUUCGAAUCUUGAAUGAGAAGGUUCAUACACCUACAACAACUGUCUAUCGGUGCGGGCCAUUGAUUGAUCUUUGUCGAGGUCCACAUAUUCGUCAUACAGGCAAAGUAAAGGCUUUUGCUGUUACAAAGAAUUCGUCAACAUAUUGGGAAGGUGAUCAAACACGGGAAACAUUACAACGUAUUUAUGGAAUUUCGUUUCCUGAUCCUAAACAAUUGAAAGAGUGGAAAACCAUACAAGAAGAAGCCGCCAAGCGAAACCAUCGAAAGAUCGGUCUCGAACAAGAUCUCUUCUUUUUCCACGAACUCAGUCCUGGCUCGUGUUUCUUCUAUCCGAAAGGAGCAUAUAUUUACAAUAAGCUUAUUGAAUUCAUUCGCAGUGAAUAUCGUAAACGUGGUUAUCAAGAAGUUAUUUCACCGAAUAUUUACAAUUCCAAACUAUGGAAAACAUCUGGACAUUGGGAUCACUAUGCAGAAAAUAUGUUUCGAACAGAAAUUGAAAAAGAAAUCUAUGCACUCAAACCGAUGAACUGUCCAGGACACUGUCUCAUGUUUGCAUCACGACUUCGUUCGUGGAGAGAAUUACCAUUGCGUAUGGCUGAUUUCGGUGUUUUACAUCGAAAUGAAUUAUCUGGCGCUUUGAGUGGUCUUACACGUGUACGAAGAUUCCAACAAGAUGAUGCUCACAUAUUCUGUGCUCAAUCACACAUCAAAGAUGAAAUCGAAGGUUGUUUACAAUUUUUGAAACAUGUCUAUGGUAUUUUUGGUUUUACAUUUGAAUUGAAAUUAUCAACAAGACCUGAGAGUUAUCUUGGUGAACUUGAAACAUGGAAUCGAGCUGAGAGCCAACUCGAAGAAGCACUCAAUUCAUUCGGCUAUCCAUGGAAAGUCGAUCCUGGAGAUGGAGCUUUCUACGGUCCAAAAAUUGAUAUUACAAUUCGAGAUGCUCUACAACGUGCUCACCAAUGUGCAACAAUUCAAUUGGACUUUCAAUUACCAAUUCGUUUUGAACUCCAAUAUCAAACAGAUGAACAAGGUGAACUUCAAAGACCAGUUAUUAUUCAUCGAGCUAUAUUAGGUUCAAUCGAACGUAUGAUUGCUAUACUCACAGAAUCAUUUGGUGGAAAAUGGCCUUUCUGGUUAUCACCACGUCAGUUGGCGAUUGUACCGAUUGUACCAUCAUUGGACCCGUAUGCUCAAGAAAUUCAAAAGAAGAUCUGGGAUGCUGGAUUUCAAGUCGAUUGUGAUUUAGAUUCAGGUACAACAUUGAAUAAGAAGAUUCGCCAAAACCAAUUGGCUCAAUACAAUUUCAUUGGUGUCGUUGGUCAACAGGAACAAAAGAAUGGUACAAUUAACAUUCGUACACGUGACAAUAAACAACAUGGCGAAUUCUCUAUCGACGAAGUCAUCAAACGUUUCCGUGAACUAGCGGAAUCGCGUACAAACCAUGCUGAAGAUGAGUUCGCUGGCUCAGCAGUAGAUAGUAACGUUGCUGGUGCAACAUCGCAGCUACAAUCUUCAAAUCUAUCCGAAGGACAAGGUGAAGAAAAUUGA